AUGCCCCAAACGUGGCUAAUAACUGGCUGUUCCAGUGGCUUCGGUGAGCUCUUCGUCCGAAAACUCCGGGCCGCCGGAGAUAAUGUCAUCGCAACGGGUCGUUCCGCUGAAACGAAGCUGGCCCAUCUCAAAGAUACGGGUGCGGAAAUCCUGGAUCUUGAUGUUUCUAUGUCUUCCGAUGCUAUUCGGGCGAAGAUAGAAGAGGCGUGGGGUUUGUUUCCAGAAGGAAUUGAUGUCGUCGUCAAUAACGCGGGCUAUAUCUUGAGUGGUGCCGUGGAGGAAUUAAAGCCGGACGAAUUGGAGCAUGUGAUGAAGACCAACUUCUUCGGCCCCUUUUACAUAACUCAAGCAAUUUUACCAAAGUUGCGUGUGAAGGGAAAGGGUACACUGCUUUAUAUGAGCUCUCAAGCGGGUUGGCACGGCGAUCCUGGUAUAGCAGGAUACUGUGCGUCAAAGUUCGCCCUGGAGGGAAUGGCGGAGUGCCUUGCAAAGGAACUUGCGUAUGUCGCACCUGAUAUCAAGAUCCUACUCGUCGAGCCUGGCUUCUUUGGCACACGCGUAUUCCGCAAUGUUAACAUUGCGCCGCUGCGCAACCAUGUAGACUAUGGGGAAUUUUUCGAGGCUGCGCGCGACUUCAUGGUUGGUGUAGUAGAUAAUGAACCUGGAGACCCUGACAAGGCCGUAGAUCGGAUGAUUGAUCUCGUUAAAGGAACUGGCAUGGCGGCGGGGAGGACAGUGCCACUACGAGUGCCGUUAGGAACCGACGGGUGGGGGAGAGUUAAGGAGAAGUGUGAGGCGACGUUGAAGAUCUGUGAGGAUUGGGAAGAGCUGGCUAAGAGCACAGAUCUAAAACCAGCAACUUGA